AAUAUAAAAAUAAAAAGCCCAGCCUUGAAAAAGUAGUAGAAUCUAGUCUAGAAUCUUUAGAUCUAGAUUUAGAUUCUAGGAUCAGAUCUAGAAUCUAGACUAAAUCUAGAAUCUAUUAUAACAGGUCUGGCUGCUACUUAAAAUGGCUGUAGCUGAAGGGGCGUGUCACACACGAAGUGGAGCCCAGAGACUUCUGCAGGCAUCAUCAGCAAUUGCUCCACCCUCACCCAACAACAGCGUUAGUGAACCUUUCAUUCUGGGAGUUGUGGACUGGAAGAAACGGGUCAAGGCUGAGUACACUCGCUUAUGUUAUCAAAGGAAGGACAGGCGUGCUGAUGAGGUCAAGAAUGCCUUUGCUGCAAACAGAAUAGAAAUAGAAAAAGAGCUGGCUGAAGAAGAAGAGUGGUUGUCUAAACAGUCUAUACAAAAACUAAUUGUGCCAGAAAUAUUACCAGGGAGAUCAGCUAAAAAAUGUGAAGUAACUAGUGGUAUGGGUUUCCCAACACAGUCUGGGCCAUUAAAGACAAUGAUGCCUGUCAAAUCUAUACCUACAAUGUAUAGCUGGGCCCCAGUCCAGCAAAACUUUAUGGUAGAAGAUGAAACAGUUCUACACAACAUUCCAUACAUGGGCGACGAGCUGCUGGAUCAGGACACAUCAUUCAUUGAAGAACUGCUGAAAAAUUACGAGGGACGCGUGCACGGAGAGAGGAAUUCUGGGAUUGGGGAUGAUUUGUUUUUAGAGCUGGUCAACUCAGUGGCCCAGCAGUACAGGGCAGAAAAUGGAGAAGAAAAAGUGAAACGAGAAGUAAAAGAUGGAAAAGAAGAGUUUAUGGAUGUUGCUUCUAUUCCUAUUGAAGUGUUUGAGGCUAUUUGUGCAGCAUUUCCUGACCAGGGUGGAACUGUGGAAGAAUUAAAGGAAAAGUACAAAGAACUAGUCGAAGCCCAGAAAGUUUGUUUACAAGACGUCCCCCCUGAAUGUACACCUAACAUUGAUGGGCCCAAGGCACAGUCUGUCCCUAGAGAGCAAACGAUGCACUCAUUCCAUACGCUGUUUUGUCGACGUUGCUUCAAAUAUGACUGCUUUUUACACCCCUAUCACCCAACACCAAGUAUGUUGUCUAGAAAGAUGCCUGAGAAAAAAACAAAACUGGAGCAUUGUGGUCCUGACUGCUACCUCUACCUGAUAAACUCUAAAGACCCAAAAGCAGAGGAAAAAGAAACCAAAGAAAAGGAGAAUCAGAAAGAGGCUGGGAGGGCCUCACCUAACAGGCCAGAGGUGAAUGGCAGGAAACGCAAGGCCAACAAUGGCAGCAGUGUUGCAAGCAGUGAGAACAGCGAGGAGAGCAAUAAUGCUGAUGAUGUUGAUAUAAAAUUUCCACCUCGCCUGAGCCCAACAGCAGAAGAAUGGUCUGGAGCUGAGGAGUCUUUGCUGCGUGUAUUGGCGGAUGUGUUCCGCAGUAACUACUGUUCCAUAGCACGUCUGAUUGGUUCAAAAUCUUGUCAGCAGGUGUAUAGAUUUGCUGUGAAGGAAGAAGCUCACAUCCCUGAUUUGAAUGAGGAGACAACACAGACUCCACCAAGGAAGAAGAAGAAGAAGCAAAGCAGAUUGUGGUCCAUGCAUUGUCGCAAGAUUCAGCUCAAGAAGGACGGGUCAAGCAAGACUGUGUACAACUACCAGCCGUGUGACCACCCUGGUCAGCGAUGCGAUGAAACCUGUCCUUGCAUCAUGGCACAAAAUUUCUGUGAGAAAUUCUGUCAGUGUAGCUCUGAUUGUCAGAACAGAUUUCCUGGCUGUCGCUGUAAAGCCCAGUGUAAUACGAAGCUGUGUCCCUGUUUCCUGGCUGUCCGAGAGUGUGACCCUGACCUCUGUCAGACGUGUGGGGCAGAUCAGUUUGAAACACCCAAGAUUUCCUGCAAGAAUGUCAGUGUACAGAGGGGCAUGAGAAAACAUCUUCUACUGGCACCUUCUGAUGUAGCUGGCUGGGGAAUAUUCCUCAAGGAACCAGCAGAGAAAAAUGAAUUUAUCUCAGAGUACUGUGGAGAGAUAAUUUCUCAAGAUGAAGCUGACAGACGUGGCAAAGUUUAUGACAAGUACAUGUGUAGUUUCCUGUUUAAUCUAAACUACGAUUUUGUGGUGGAUGCCACAAGAAAAGGCAACAAGAUACGUUUUGCCAACCACUCCAUCAACCCUAACUGUUACGCCAAGGUCAUGAUGGUCAACGGGGAUCACCGUAUAGGGAUAUUUGCCAAGCGACCAAUCCAAGCAGGGGAAGAGCUGUUCUUUGAUUACAGGUAUGGCCCAACAGAGCAGCUAAGAUUUGUGGGGAUUGAGAGAGAUGGCAUGAUAUGAAAUGUAUUUUUAAAACUUUGAUAUCACCUUGUCUGGUGUUAUGUUGUAGAGAAUUUAAUGUUAACAAAACUUUGAGUUGUUGUAAUUUUUGUAUGUGAAAGAAAAAAAGUAUCAUUUUACCAUACAUUUUUUAAAGUAGUUUAUCAUGUUAAAAUUUGAUAAAUACAUUUAUGAAACAGUUCCUAAAAUUAUAGACAUAAUUUAUAUGGCUUUAUUUUAGAUCACUUUGUUUAUUAUGUCUUUUAUGAAAUGUUUAGUGUAUAUAAUUUGUAAUGAUACAACUCAUUAAAAUCAAGUUACAU